UUUGCUGUUUAGCACUGAUUUGGGAAAUCUAUUACCUUGUUGAGCCCUGCUUGGCAGCUGAAAUAUAAUCUUGGUAUUCUCUACCCUGGUGUGGUUUUUGGCUAUUUUGAACUGGGCAAGCAGACCCCGCUUUUGAGUGGUAACAGCGGAGUACCUAGAGAAACAAGCCACCAUUCUGGAUUCAGAGUGAACAAGAAGUAGUGGUUCAAAGAAACUAGAAUUCAGAUUUUAAGGCAGGUAAAGGAGGAGGUUUUGCAAAAGCUACGCCGAAGGAAAGGCACCAGGGAGCAACUGGGCAGAAGCCAGGAGGGUAACACAGUAAGGAUGUGGUGAAGUUGGAGGUGAUUCCCAGCAAGGAUAAUGUGCCCACAAAAACCUUGCCGUGCGAUACUGAUUACAGUGAAAGUUAAACAAGCUUGAAUAAAAUGUAAAUUAACUGAUGAUUUCUGAAAACAAAAGAACUAACAGCAUGAUGGACUGGAACAUAAGACCAUCACCUGACUCCAGCUUACAGGCCAAGAACAUUGAAUUCCAGGGAGCACGUUUGGAACAGCGUUUUCCUGCUGCAAGCAGCUCCAGUGCCUUACAGCCUAUCCUUCCUAAACUAUCAAAUGCUAACAAAGGCUUUGGCCCAUCCAAACAUUUACAGAACAUGCCUCCAGUUUCACUUUCAGGCUCAGCUGUGUUUGUCCAGAUGACACCUAGCGCCACUCAGAAUUCAAAUAUGAUGAGAAAUGUUCAUUCUUCUUCCUGUGUAGUAUUACAAGAUGGUACUGUAAAUCCUGUACAAAAUAUACCUCAAAAAAGAGCGAAUCCAUAUAUGGCCAUGGAAAAUUACAACAAUCAACCCCAACAAAUUAAUUCUAACUCUGUGAGAAUGUCAGUAUAUCAGCAAGGUUGCAAAAAUAGUCUAUCUCCAAAAAACCAACCAACACUGACCCCUUACAUUUAUGUCAAUGGACCUUCUGUCUCUCAAGUGGGUGCUGCAGGACCUCUUAACUCUUCAUCAAGCCAUUAUUUAAAUUCUCAACAGAACUUUGCAUAUACUAUUCUCCCUAUAGGACAAAAUAUUCAAAAUCAAAUAAAUGGCCAAAAUCCAAGCAUGGCAGCAACUGUGCAGUCACAGCAGUAUGCCUCUGAUGUAAAUAAUGUCCCAUACAACAUGCCUACUCAUUGUGACAAGAGAAAUGCAAUACAGAUUUCAUCAUACACUGUGCCUAUUCAAGUUACUAAUAAACCACCACCAGCAUAUCGCGGGCCUCCUGUACAAACAAACAAUGGACAAUUUUCCUUACCACAAUCUGUUACAAAUAUAUCGAAUGAAAAUGUUCAAAACUAUCAUAGACCUAUGCCAGAUCUAAAUACUGCUUCAUAUUCUGCUCAUUGUGUUCAGAAGGGACAGUCUACUAGAGAAACCAAUGCAGUGGGUAGUAUUGCCUACAAUGUAAGCGAACGUGGCUCUGGAAAUCAGCUGUCUAAUGAAUCAACAAAAUCAUCAGUUGAAUUCAGAGACAACCUUUUAAGUAGUGUGCAACUACAUAGAAUAGUUUCUGCUGAUGAAGCUUUAACACAGCAGACAAGUCAAACUUUUGAACCACAAAAGAAGCCAGGUAAUGUUCCAGUAAAUUUUCCUGACAAUCCCCUUAAUGUUAAAAUAACAAAAGAGAGUCUAGCAAGAGAUUAUAAAAAAUUUAAAGCGAUGAAACAUGUCCUGUUAAAGCUUGGAGAAGCUUAUUCAAGAAAACGCGAAAUAUUUCUGUCUACACAAGAGAACAAGCAGGCUUCUGAUCCUUCUGAUCACAAUCAAAAUCUUAACAAGUCUUCUCAUAGUAUCACUCAGAAUGGGCCUGUUGCUGAUCCAGCACUACAGUUUACUUCACAAGAUGCCAAUAAGAAUCAGUCAUCUUCACCUGCUUCCUAUGAUUCCAAUCAGAUUAAAGCUGUUCCUUUAUUACCACAGAAAACAGGUUCUCAUUUAUUGCCAAUUUUACGAAAUUUACUUGAAGGUACUGAUGAUGAAAAUAUGCUAUUUAAUGCUUUCUUUGAAAAAGAAGUUACACGUCAAAAUGGACAACUGGUUGUUGAUGAGAGCUCAUCCAGGAAUCUCUCAGUUACCAGUGGUGAAAAAUCUAAAUACAGUGUGAAUAAUACUGCUAGCAAUUCCCGACUAAGUCCCCAAAUAUCUCAGAUGAAUCCUACCCAAGAGCCCUUGCCGUGCAUAAAAAAUGAUAUGAGCUUAAUGCAGACUUCUAGUUCUACCAGCCACCAACUAGAAAAAGUAAAUGCUACAUCUGGUACAGGCUCACUUCAUCAUUUUAAACUCAAGAGAGAUGCGUUAGAAACUCUUCGUGAGUAUAUUAGUUGCCGUCUUGAGAAUUUAGUUCAAAACUCGGAAAAAGGGAUAACGGAAAACAUCCAUGAUUCUCAGUCUGUAUGUCCUAUAUCAGUGCAAAAACAAGAGAAAAACAUUAGAACUGGGGAUGAACAUGUUUAUGAUGCCUCUAGUUCAGCUUCUGAUCAUUCUAAAAGGGUUGCAGUUAUGCAAGAAGCAGACAAUGUCCAGACCCCCACAGUUUCUGCAGAUUCUUUUAGAAAUGGAGGAAUUUGUUCUUUGGAAGAAUUAAAGACAAGUCUUGAUUUAUGGAGGAAGAGCCUUCCAACAUCUCUCAAUGGACAGUUACAGGAAAGUACACAAUCAACUGGUAGUUUGUCUUCCUCAGAAGGUGGAGAGAAUGAUAAGAAAACACAGCAAAGCUUGGAAAACCCCACCAGUACAUUUGCUCAGAAUGACCAAGCUAAAGUUACAUCUGGAUCAGAUGAAACAACUCACUCUUCUGUUUCUAUAUCUCUUGAAAAAAACCAUGAUGCAGUAAGUUCUAAUUUGUCAAAGUAUUCUGAACCUCAAGUAGCCAUUGUUACUCCUUUAAUGUUGCCAAAAGAGAACAUUCAAAUUGCUUUGCACAAAGACAGUUCAUCUUUAGAAAUAACUUGUCCACUCGGCGAAGAAGGCAGAGUGCAUGGUCUACAAAAAUUCCUUUCAACAGUGCCACAGAAUGAUAAAGAAAUACAAGGUACUAUGUGUUCAACAUCGGAGUCAGUUAAAUACUGUGAAGAUAUACAUGUACAUCAAAAAGCAGUGUUAUCUACACAAGAAAAUGGAAAAGUCAGUGUUGAACCUGGGAAAAAUUACUGUCAUGGAUUAAUUCAAAAAGCAGUUAGUCAUUCUCCUCUAAAAUCCCAACUUGGUUCAGGAGGUAAUCUUCCACCUGACAAGACAGUUUCUCAAAAGUAUGUACAGUCGCAAACUGGUCCAGAUUUGGCAGAAUCAAGAGAAACUGAUGAGGUUGUAUACAAUGAUGCUGUGUUACAGAUAUCCAGUGUAUGCACUCUGGUAAAAGGUGAUGCAUUUUACAAUUCACAAAUAGCUAAUAUCUUUAAUACCAGUCCUUUGACAUCCACCAUGGAAAAUGACACUUCUUUAAAAGAUUCUAUUCGUUUACUUCAAUGCAACGAUCAGCAAUCUGGUAUUCUGAAAACUGAAUCAGAACCUAAAUCAACAGAACCUGAAUUAAGCUUAAAUGUUUCAGAAGGAAAUGCCUUGUUGCCAUCACCGUGCGAAUUAUCAAGGGCUGUUGAAGAAAUACUUAAAAGUGUCCCAGAUUUAGAGAUGUCUCAGAGUUACAACAAUUUAGAUGAGAUGAACAAAAGAAAUGCUGAGGAAGGGGGAAACCGCCUUCUUCUUGCCGAAAAGAAACGUGAGGAAAACGUGUCUUGUGGUGUUGACAGUACAGACGUGAUGAAUGGUAACCAGGAAUUAUGUCAAAAUAUAGAGGACCAGUUCAGUUCUAGCACUGGAGAUGGUUUAUGUAUUGUUAACAAAGAGAGUACUGCAGAGUGUGUGUCAACUGAGGAAAACCAAGAACAUUUUGGAAGCAUUGCUGAAGCUCCUGUAACUUUACUAAGUGAUCAGCUGAAUGAACUUUCAAAAGAAUUUCCUUAUGGAAUUGGCUAUAUGAAGACAUUAAAUGUAACAGGAAAUAAUGACACUAUGCCUAAACCUAAUGACACAGGAAACACAGAAAAUCUUCAGUUCUUAAGAAAAUGUCAUGAUCCCUCUGGAGCAAUAGACCAAAUUAAAAUAACAAUGCUGAACUCUGAACAGAUGAGGAAAGUAUUUCCUGAGCGUAAGAAACAAUUCUCCAAUAAAUCAGAAAACUCUGAAGUUGACUGUUUCAAAAGAGAUUCAGAAGCUAACUUGACAAGAAAGAACAUUAGCCGUGUUACAACUGAUAAAGCUAUAGCUUUUGAACCUAGGGAGACUGCAUCAGAAAAAUCUUUUAAAAGGGAAAUUCCAACAUAUUGUUGCGCAGAAGCUUGGUUAGCUACAGGAUAUAUAAGCUCACCAUGUCGAUGUGCACUGGUGAAAGGAUUAGGUUCCAAGCAAAAACUGGAUCUGUGUUCACAAUCUGAAACUAGGGUUAAAUGUAGGCCAAAACCUAGUGACAACAGUAAUGUUGACUUUAAACUAAACAGUCAACUUCCAAUUUCUACAUUACAUACAGUUAGUAAGACAGUUUCUUCAGGAACGCAAAGUGUCAGAACCAUGAAGAAGAUUUCUGGACCCAAAAAUUCAAAUGAGUGUAAGCCACACCAAAUAGAUCAAGUAGUUUCUCUGCUUGAAAUGCUAAGUUUGCAAAACCCCAAACGAAAUAACAAGCACAUAAGAAAUGAACUGUCACACCAUGCAUCUUCUCAGGAACCUGUGAAAUCAAGGGUGGAUACUGUUCGACGCCAACGUACAAAAAUUAAACACAAUACAAACUGUGAAAGAUAUAAAGUUAAGCAAGACUCUAGUGAAACACAUAUGAUUAAGGUUCCCACUUUGAAUAAGAGUUUGAAAAGACAAAAGGCAGUGGAAAGAAAGAGUAAAGCUUUGGCGAUCCAGCAUAAUGAUGCCAUAAGUGCCUCAGACUUGAGCAGUGUUGGCUCAUUCUCUCAGAUGUGCGAAAAGUCCCAAUAUAUUUCUAUCUUGCAUUCACAAGAGCCUUUAAAUGGAAAUAAGUUUUUAAACGUAAUGGAUCUGGAGAAACGUUAUGGAUACAAUAAAGUAGAACAUAAAGAAGGGACUGAUUCUGAGCAUCACUGAAUACUAUUCUGAGUGAAUACAUUUCUACAUGUAGCAGAUGCAUUAUUAAAAAGAUAAAUUUGGAAAAAUACAGUUAGAAGCAUUUUCAUUUGCAUAGAUGUAGGCAGUUCAGCAGCAACACUUGUUAACACAGUAGCAAUAUGAUAUGCAAGAACCACCGGAAAAACAUGUCUGAGAUGCAAGAAGUUAUUAGGGAGAUGUUAGUUAGGCAAAUAAGAAAAUGACUUCAAGCUAAUAAAAAUUUGCUACAGCCAGAUUUCUUCAGGUCCAUCGGUGAACUGGAUACAUCUGUGUUACAGGCUAAUUUAAUCUCUUUAUUUUAACGCUAAUUUACAAAAUAAAUUAUAAGCAGUUGAAUUCAAA